GCGUCCCGCCCUUUUCGAUGGCUCUAAAUAAUAGCCGUCGAAAAACCUUUUUUUUUCCUGAGAUCCCGAACGUCAGCUUCAAAAAGAAGCUCCUAAUCCAGAUCUACCCACCAGAAUGUCCAGAUCUCCACUAUCUGUACUGCACGGAGGAUCGGUCACUCGCCAUGCCCGGCUCGGACCUACAUUACGUAGUCUGCCCUCGCUGCCAUGUCGGUCGCAGGGCGGUGGCCAACUUGUCCCGUAUCGAUAUCUGAUGAAGAAUACAAGCAACGUGUCCGGGACAGCCAUCUUCUAUAUAAAUACAUCAAAUUUCACGGCCAAGGUCGAAGAGAAUGGAAGGAGAAUGCACGCCAUACUUCGUGGCUUGAUUCACUCUUUUCACCAUUAACGACAAAGCACUGUUUUCCAUGACACCGGUCUCUCUUCCCAAACAUGUGCUCAUCGUAGGAGGCGGCAUUGGCGGUACUUCUCUAGCCAUCGCCCUCGCACGCCGUAAUAUCCGAUCGACGAUCUACGAAAUCCGUCCUUUCGCAGGUAAUGAAGGCGGGGCGCUCAUUAUCUCUCCUAACGCCCUCUGCGUGCUCGACAAAACUCUCGGCAUGAAAGAUGAAGUUCUCAAUGCUGGUUAUCAAUAUGACAAUAUCAAUAUAUACUCCAGUGAUGGCCAGUGGUUAGGGGCAAUGGUCAAUGGAGAUGAGCAAAAUUGGGGGUAUAGAGCGGUGAGAGUUACCCGCACAGCGCUGCAUAAUCGGCUGCUUGACCAGUGUAACGCGAUGGGGGGUUUGGUGAACAUCCAGUAUGGGAAAGUAUGUGAGAAGGUGGAAGAAGGGGAGCAUGGUGUGAAAGUUUGUUUCGCUGAUGGUACACACGGCGAAGGUGAUAUUCUUAUCGGUGCAGACGGCAUUUACUCCAAAGUCCGCGAACAGCUUCUUGGUCCAGCAUCCCCUUCUCCAUUUUACGAAGGUCUCGUCGGUCUAUGGGCUACCACCCCCCGCUCCGCGAUCGACAUCCCACCCGAUAUGGCUCUCCCAGCAGCCAUCUACACCCCUCCCGGCCUUCUUCUCCUCUUCCCCAUCGAUCCCUCCGGCGAAACCAUCGGCUGGAUUGCCCAGCGUUCAUCCCCGGAACGAUCAAAAGAGGGCUGGAAGAUGUACGAAACGAGCGGCGAUUGCGUGAAAGCCACCAAGGCGGAUUAUGAAGGGGUAGACUACGAACCUGUGAAGAGUCUGAUAGCGAGUCUAGAGGAAGGCCAAGGAAAAGUGUGGCCGCCGUAUAGUAUACCCGAUAUCCCAACAUGGCACGGUAAACGAAUCUGCCUGAUUGGCGAUGCGGCACAUGCGAUCCCUCCUUCGGCGGGACAGGGGGCAUCACAGGCAAUUGAAGAUGCCGGACUCCUCGCGCGCUUGCUCGCACAUGAACCAGCGGUAGAAAAGGGGUAUGAGUCAUUGUUCGAGUAUUUUGAGAGGACGAGGAAAAUGAGGUUUCAGUCGAUAAGGUCGUUGACGAGGCAAAGCAGUGCUUCGAGGUUUGAAUUGAAGGGUCCUUUGGGGUGGUGGUUGAGAAAGUGGUCGAUCUGGGCGUUUUUGAGGGUGUUGGGUUCGAAAGGAUAUUAUAGGGAUGCGAAGCUAAUGGGGUAUGAUAUCACACAAGAGAAAAUUGAUUUUUGAGGGUCGUGAUAGAUACUAGAAGACCGGUUGUAAGCUCAAUGUAUCACGUUAUUGUCUAACCCGGCAAACUGUCAUUGCAGUCGUCCAACAGCUGUUCAACGGUUCGCUAAUUUGCCAAGUUGCUUUAAAAGAGGAUGAAAUUGGCCAAAGUGGUAUGAAAAGGGAUAUAGGGGCAGAGGUGAUUAAGAUAUGUAGAGGUAGAGUUGAUUGCAUGC